AUGCCACACAAUAAUGAUAAGAAAAGAACAAAUGUAUCCAGGGCAUGCGAUCAAUGCCGUAGGAAAAAGAUAAAAUGUGAUAGGAAUCAAGAGAGAAAUAUCUGUACAUCGUGCCAGCGCAAUGGAGAAAGAUGCAAGUUUGAAAGAGUACCACUGAAAAGAGGCCCUUCAAAAGGCGCACAUAAGGCCUCUGAUCCAGAACUAAAAUUGAGCUCCAAUAAGCCUUCGAAAAGUUCACUUUUCGAGGAUUCAAACUCAAUAAUAAGGCCGAAAUCUGUUGGAGAAGAUUCUAACAUGGACCCACUCUCAAGACAUGGCAGUAACACACCCAUUUUAGAUAACAAUUCAAAUUCUGGUAUAAACGACAGGAAUAUGGGAGGAAUUGAUGAUAGAUUAGGUGGAUCAACUGAUCCUGGCACACCAUCGAGGUCUGGAUCGAUACUUCUGCCGCCUUUAGGCCAGUAUCCUCAGCAACAAAACUAUACAAACAACAGCACUUCAGCCUCCAAUAAUAUGUUGAAUUCGACAAGCUUGAAUAGUACCAUAUUACAACAACAACAGCCGUUUUGGAAAGUUCCAUACCACGAGUUUCAGAACCAGCGGCGAGGUUCCAUCGAGUCACUUCAAAGUGAUUUAUCUGUACGGACAUUCAAUCCUCAAGAUCAGUUAGUAUACAAUACCUUUCAACAGUCACCCAUUGCUAUGAAACACUCAUCGGAUCCUACAAACUCCAUACCUCCAAAUACAAAAUCACAACACUUAACUACUACCAGUAAUAUUGGUAGUGUAGUAGGAGCAAACGACUUAUUAUCUGGAAAUCCCAAUUAUUGGGGCUCAGUAAGAGCUGGUUCUUUCAUACCAAACGGGGAUGAAAAUGAUGACCAAAUUCCCCAGAAUUUACAAAGGAGAUCAAGCUCUAUCCCUUCAAUACUUCGGAAUACAUCGACAUCAAUAUUGCUUAGCCAACCACAAUUACCACACCCUACGAACGGGGCUGGAAGCACUUCUAACAACUUUAAUAAUACAAAUGAUAACAGCAAUCUCAUAAACAACAAAGGAACUGGAUCUACUGCAGGACUGGGUAAUAAUAUAGACAAUGCUGUGGGCUCCGCUAGCCCUCAAGCUCAACGCCAGUCUCAACAACUUUAUUCUUAUUCUCAAUUCCUCAACCAAUCUAAACCAUAUAAUAACCAGAAUUUUUCCUCGUUUGGCCAAUUCUCAACGAAUGGCUUCCAAUCGAGGCAUGGUUCCAUCACCAGUGAAGCAAUGUCACCAAGUACUGCUUUAGGGUACAACCAGAACAAUUCAAACAAUUUACCUGGUGCCAAUAAUCCAAAUAUAAGCGAUAUUUCUUUGCUCCCGAACAAGGAAUCAGAUCCUAGGGUAAAUGAUAGUCAAAAAGUAGUCAAAACAGAAGUUUCGAACGACAUUUUCCAGUUUGGCGAACAAAAUCUUGCUAAUACCAUUGAAAGUAAUGCUGACAAGUCUGAAGAUAAAGUGAAAUCAGGUGGUAAGAAAGGAGGAAAGGUACCGAGAAAAAGAAAAACCAAACAGGUAAAAGAAUCCAAUAAAAAGCUGAAGGUGAACAAAAAAUCGAAUUUUGAUUCUGACUCUAUAAAUUCACCUAAGGUUCCAACUCCUGUGCAACAAAUAAAGACUGGCUUUCAAUAUGGGCAAAUUCUGGAUGUUGAGUUAAUUGAUCUUUAUUAUGAAUUCAUUCAUGUGGGAUUCCCAGUUAUUCCGUUAAACAAACAAACUCUAACAAAUGAUAUCUUACUUGUAAAUACACACCCAUAUUCUAAUAUCCAUGAGGUGAACUCAUAUGUAAUAUUAUGGUUUAGGAAUUCUUUAGAACUCCUUGUACGUGUUGCUCUAAAAAGGAAAAAUGAUUCACCAUUUUUUGAUAGUCACAAUACACCUGGCCCUUUGAGAUCAGCGUCUGGUGACGAAAAUAUGGCUUUCAAUGACACGCCGAAAAAGAAGGACAUCACUAGUUCACAUGCAGAUAGCAUAAGCUCUGGCGAUGAUAACGGAAUGGCAGAGGUCCAAAGUGCUUUCAUUUCUGCAUUGAAUGAGUGCUUUCAAAGAGUUGUAGAUAUUCACCCCAAGGUACGAGAAAACAAAGAUCGCAUCUCCCCAAAGAUCAAGAUUAUCUAUUUAACCACAUUUAUUUUACUAAACUACAUUUUAGCACUAGUCGGAUACGACAACUCAUUUGUGCUCGGCAUGUCUGUGACAAUAUUUAAUGAGUUCAAACUAUACAAAUUAUUGGUGCUGCCUUAUAAGGCUAUUUGUCAGGAUAGCGAGUUCUCAUUUAACGCAAAGCAGUCUAUCAGUCUGGAUGAUGAUUUCAUUGAGAAUAAAAAUAUAGGCAAUGGUAACGGUAACCGCACUAAUGGUAGUACUCCUGGUGAACCUAAUAAUGAUGAAGGUGAAAAUGCCCUUACUAACUUUAACCCUAGUAAGGAGCAGCAGAACAGUCAAAAGGGAGGAAGCGGUGAGGGGAAUGAAAACCAAGGAAAUCAAAUUAGAUCGAAAAUAGGCAAAGCUGUCAAUAUCGAAGAGGAAACCGAAACAAAUGAAAAUUAUACUAUCAUGUUCAAACGCCUUUAUAUUUUGCUUACGAUGUUUGACUCAUUACAAAGCUGUCUCUUUGGCGGUCCUAAAUUAUUAAAUGUCUGCAUAACCAAUACAACAGAAAAGUUUUUCAGUGGAACAACAAAUUCCAAAUGGAACAUAGAGGAUAGUCUUGUGAGGGAAAAAGGUGCACUGAUAAGUUUAAAGCUGGGAGAAACCUUAAGCGAGAUAGCAAGUAAUAGGAUUAUAAUGAACCAUUUUGAUAUUAUUACUCUCACAAAUAAUAACCAGGCAAAUGCUACUGAUAUUGUUUUCAAUCUGAAAAAAUUAUCUAACAACAGAGAUUAUGACAAUUUUCUUCAGGAAAAUAAAGGGUUGGAAUUAUUUGACCAACAACCGCUAUGUAUUUCUCAGUUGUUCCACAAGAUGUUGAUAAUGAAAAGUUCGUUUACCUAUCAACUUUUGUCUUUAAUGGAUGCCAACAAUGGUAAUUUUGUAAACAUGGACCUCAAGAGACUGGAACAAAUUGUUGAAUCACUUUGUUCAUUGAUAUCAGUGAUAUUGCAAUUGCUAACUCUAAUAAUGAGACUGAAUCCCACAAACAGUAUAGAUCUAAACUACCGACCUGUUACUCCAACUCAAAGGAUGGAGGACAUGUUAUCGAACAAGAACACUGAUAGCACUGACUCUAUCUCAAAUAGCAAUAAGACCAAUUCUGGUAACGAUUUUUACCGGAGGUUGUUGGGACUGGAACAUAGUAACGACAUUGUAUAUUCUGAUAUAUCGCGUGGUGUCAUAUCGCCGUUCGCGAUGGCAAUCCUUCAUGAAAGUCACAAUAUCCAUGAACUAAUCAAAAUGACGCCAACGAUAUUGAUCCGUGUAGUUAUGACACUAAACGUUCAAGAUGACACCGGCAAUAGUGUAAAUAACAAUGCCACACCUGGAGAUCACGAAGAAGAUAUGAAAUUGAAACGUGCGAACACAUCCCAGGACUUAGUAUACAAGCUGUCAAACUCCAUGAACGAUGUUGUACAGAUAGCGAGCUUGCUAAGCAUGAUCAAGCCUCUGAAGUUGUUCGAUCACGGAUUCAAGACAUUUGAAUCAGAAGACGUGCUGCAAGGAAAUGACGAAGAUGCUAAGAAGAGACAAAGACCUGUGCUAAAACGAUUGUUCUACGAUACCACCAACGUUCCAAAACCUGAAGCUGUCGACCCCUUGGUGGUAAGCUUAGUCAACACCGGAUGGAACCUGCUGGAUGACAUGGAACUAGGGUUUUUACCACAAUAA